UCGGCGUGCGUACCUUCCACGCGGGGCCGUUGCUGCGGCGCUGCGUCAGAUCGACGCGCGGCGCUUCCGGCCCCCAACACUCUCGCCGCCUAUAUAACUCGCGCCCGAAUCGGCGGCGGCGGCGGCCUCCUCUGUCCUCUCCGCGCACCUUCCACCACGCUCUGGAAGCUGUUUCCCCUUUCUCGAGAACGAGAGUCUAGGAAGCUGGUGCAGAGAUGGCCGCGGAGAGCUGUGUCCCUCGGCCCCUGUUCGGCGGCGCCAUCUCCACCACCUUCCCCGCCCGCUUCCAGGACGUGAGCGACAUCCGGGAGGUCCCCGACCAUCAGGAGGUUCUCUUUGAUCCAUCCCGCGACGAGAGCCUCGUCUUCGAGCUACUUGACCUCAAGGGCGAGGUGGACGACGCCGGCAGCGCGCUCUGGUUCCUGCGCGACAUCGCCAACGAGCAAGACGCCGGGGACAACUUGGUGGUGGAGCAUUCUGGGACACUUGAGCUAGCUGCUUUGCGUCUUGGAGAAGCCCCUGUGGUGGCUGCAACAGCAGUUGGCCAGAUGGCCGUCUCAAAAGGGAGGCAGGGCAGAGAAGCGCAGAACAUUGUUCGACUUUACCUGGCAAACAUACGCCUCAAGAGUGCAGCAACCGAUGUACUUAUCACCGCAUAUGAGCCGCUGCUGAUAAACCCCCUGAGUGAAAGUACUGCGGCAGUUGCAGCUGGUCCGGCAAUACCUGCUGAACAAGCAGGAUGCUUGCCAAUGUCUGAGAUCUUCAAACUUGCAGUGAUGAAUUUCAAUGUGCAUGAUUGGAACCUUUUCAAUGGUGGCCCUUGAACCGUUGAACCAGAGUGGAUAGUAUCUCCAAAAUCCGAUGGAGGACAUACAAAAAACUAUUACCUGUUUUCUAGAUCUCAGAAGUAAUGUUAUCUAGCUUAUGUAGUGUCUUCCAAACACUCCUAUUGAACUUACCUCUAGACAUUAGUUGGAUUUGUCAUGGUUAGAUUGUAGUGGACUGUACCUAGAUGGUCCAUGACGUUUUGUCAGUAAAGCCAAGUCUGUUAUUUCCUGUUAAACAUAGGCCAUUUAAAUUUAGGAAUCAGAGUUUAAGCUAUCAAAAUUCCAAAUGCAACCAUGGUUUCAGUUUUCUGAAUUUUUUUUGUAAGGGAAAGAUGCCGGCCUUACAUUUCAUUGUAUGGCAUGACAAUUUUUGUCCUACGUGAUACCAUAUACUCUUCCUCA